AUGGACUCCGAAAUGGACACGUUUGCGGCCCGUCUGGCCAGCUUCGACGUCGUGCUUAGGUCCGAGAAGCGGAGAUCUUCGACCACGAAAAGCUCCGAUGUGAUCGCAUGGCCUCACCAGAGUCCAUCGCCGGCCGAGUUGGCACACGCCGGCUUUUACUACAAACCGUACGAGACGAACCCGGACAACACUACAUGCUUUCAUUGCAAUCGAGCUUUGGACGGCUGGGAAGAGGAAGACAACCCCAUAAAAGAACAUCUUAAGCAUUCUCCUGGCUGUGCAUGGGCAAUUAUGAUGGACAUCCAGCAAGAAAGCUCCAACCCCUCCACGAUCGAAGACCCAACCAGUGAGAGAAUAACCCAAGCGCGUAUUGAAACAUUUGGAACCCAAUGGCCGCAUGACGGAAAACGGGGUUGGCUCUGCCAAUCAGACAAGAUGGUCAAUGCAGGAUGGUACUUCUGCCCCAACGAAGAGAGCGACGACUUAGCCAGCUGCGCCUAUUGCAAGCUAUCGCUCGAUGGAUGGGAGCCCAAGGACGACCCUUUUGACGAACACCAUCGCCGUUCCCCCGAUUGCUCCUUCUUUGUAUUCGCACAUCUCCCCGGGAAGAAGGGAAGAGGACGACCCAAGAAAAACCGCACUUCCAAGGCAUCUUCCCGGUUGUCAACUCAAUCCGUGGCUACUGUUGCAUCUGAAGCGCCUGAAUUAUCAGAGAUGGAGAUUGAUGAUACGAUGGACGAAAGCAUGAUUUCGCAAGCAACAGUGAAGCCAAAGGGGGCAAAGAGGGGACCCAAGGGCAAGGGAAAAAAGAGCAAGAAGGAAGACGCCGACUUGCAAAGCGAAGGGGAUUUCGAGGAGCACCCACAACCGGAGCCAGCUAAACCCAAACGCGCUGGACGGGGGAAGAAGCGAGUGAGCGAGGAGAUGGCUAAGGAUGAUCUGGAGUCUCUUGGUCAGGCAGAACCAGAGCAAUCGGAAGAGCCUCCUGCAAAGCGCCGCGCCACGCGAACGCGCGACAGCAGCAGUAUCUCUCAGCCCCACAAGUACGAUUCGCAAGACCAUUCAGUCCUCGAUGACGCUUCGAUGGAUGAGGCUCACGAAGAUGAGUCCAAAAAGACGCGCAAGGGAUCAAAGAAAGGGGCGUCAAAAGGCAGGAAGGCCUCUGAUGUAUCGGUCGCACCCAAGUCCAGGCCCAAGGCUCGCAUGCGACGAGACUCGGAGCUUGAGGCUGAGAUAGAAGCAGGUCUUGAAGCUGACGAUCCCCAUUUCGUGGAGCCCGAGCCGGAGCCCGAGGUCGAGGCCCAGCGAGAGAUGAAGCUUCAGGAUGAGCCCGAGCCAGAACCCGAGAAGCCCCGAAUUUUGAAGAAGACCAAGUCUAGCAAAAAGUCGAAAGCGGCUGGGAAGUCAUCCCAACCGCCUCAAGAUGAGCUCUUGGACUACAUGGACGAGCCUGAAGAGCAGCCAGAAGCCCCAGUGGAGUCGGUUAUGGUUGAUGUAACAGACGACGAAGAGGCCCCGGCUCCAAAGUCGAAGUCAAGUAAGAGCUCUAAGAAGAAAGGGACUAAGAAGUCCAAAAAGCAAGAACCUGUGCAAGAAGAGGAGCGUGAGCUUGAAGGGAAAGCAGAAGAAUUUGAACGUGAUGAGCUUGAGCACCACGAUUCAUUCACCUCGGUGGAAGUCGUCCCGCGUGAACCAGAGUCUCAACCAGAGCCAGAAGUGGAACAGCCAGCUGAGAAACCUUCGAAGAAGAAGUCAUCCAAGAAGGAGGACAAAGCUAAGAAGUCAAAAAAGACGAAGAAGGUGGAAGCAUCCCCGCCUCCACCUGCUCCCCAGCCCAUUGAGGAUGAGCUUGGUUUCGAGUCUUCGAGAGAUGACCAGGAAUUUGGCACUCCGGAUGAUUUGCCUGAUCAGAUUCAGGUGGUCCCAUCACCGCGAGCAUUAUCACCGGCGCCAGAACAGAUCCUCGAAAGGACGCCGGUGCCACCAAAGACGACAAAGCGAUACAGCGAUAUUCCUCAAGAGGAACAUCUGGCGCAGUCUCUGGCCGAGUCGCACCGUACUCGAAGCAAUGAGCGACGGACCUCUCAACGAGGCCGAACAUCCACUCGAGAUGUAUCACCACUACCAGUGCCUCAUCAGAGCACGCCAUCCCUGUCACCACAGUCCUCUGACGCGGAGAAUCGCCCCCCUUCAUCACUUCCUUCGUCGAAACGGCCAAUCGUUGCGUCACCGCCCAAGGAGGAGACAGUUCGAACACCACUUGCAGCCAGCACCCCAUCGCCCUCGAAACGAAACUUGAACGCUGGUUUUCCGGCAUCCGGGCAUCCAUGGACGCCCGUGGACAUUGACGAAGUCUUGUUUGGAGAAGCUAGCGACAAGGAGAAUGCAGACCUCGUUAGCCUUCUGAACGGGGCCAAGGCAGGUCUGACCAGCCCAGAGAAGAGGAUGACGGUGGAGGAGUGGAUUAGGUGGAAUGCUAAGAAUGGCGAGGAAAGAUUGAAGCGAGAGUGCGAACGACUUGUCAGUCAGUUCGAGAAGGAAGGGGGUCGGGCAAUGCGGCGGCUUGAGGCCAUCGAAUGCAUCGACUAA